CUUUGGAAUGAUGCUCUGGGAACUUGGGUUUGAAAAAUAUCCGUACAUUGAUAGAUUCAAUGACAAACAACUUGAUGAAAUAAAAAAUUACGUAGCAAGUGGUCGAAGAGAAAAAAUUGUUUUUGCUUGGCAUCAUGAUCCAGACCUACGGCCAAAUUUAGGAGAGUUACUUAUACGAAUAGAAGAACUGUCCGAAAAACACACUGAACCUGGCGCUUUACCAAAGAUAUAUCCAGACAAACAACUAGACCUAGAUGGAACAAGAUACUCUAAUGAUUUUGAAGAUGACUUUGAAGGUUUCACACUUAAUGAUCAUCUCGAUAUAAAGACAAUCAUGCCUUUUGAGGAAGGGUUAAAAAUUCAUCAGCAAAUAAGAAAAAAUGAAUCUAGUGAAAAAGUAAAUGAAAAAAGGAGGCAAGCAUGGGAAUGUUUUUCAGAAAAUGCAACGAUGGGAAAUUCGAUUGCAAAGUACUGGAAAGGAUACUAUUUAUGGGAAGGUUACCACGUUGCAAAAAAUCGAGAAGAAGCGGUUCGGCUUUUUAAAGAAGCGGCAGAUGAUGGUAUCUCUGGGGCACAAUUACGUUACGCAUUUUCCAUUAUCUCAAAGAAAGAAAAAAUCACACCAGCUGAAAUGAAAGAGUUUAUUACGUAUUUAACGAUGGCUGCUGAUAAAGGAAAUCAUGUAGCAUUAUAUAACUUAGGAGAUUUAUAUUUAAAUGGGAAGUUUCAAGUUGAAAAGGAUCGUGAACUUGGACUAGAUAAGUUAAAAUUAGCCGCAAUUUAUGGAAAUGAUGCGGCAAAAAAAUUAUUGGAACAAUAUGAAGCACAAUAA